CUGAAUUUAUUUUUGAAGCAUAGAAGUUUUGGAUUGAACAAUGGAUCAACGAACUCAAGUGUUUCUGCUUCUUAUAUACGCUCCGGUUCUCGUUUUAUCCAAUCAUCAGACAAGUAUUCCGGAUGUUACUGGUUUAAAGUCUCUAAUGGCACUGUGGACUAACACACCCCCAAGUUGGGGAGCUCGCGAUCCUUGUGAAGAUAGUUGGGAUGGAAUUGGGUGUACCAACAUGCGUGUCGUCUCUUUAACAUUAUCGAGUAUGAAUUUGAGUGGCUCACUCUCUGGAGAUAUUCAACAGUUAUCUGAACUACAAAUUUUGGAUCUCUCUUACAACAAGGGCCUGUCAGGACCACUCCCAACACAAAUUGGGAGUUUGACGAAGCUUACUAACAUAAUCCUGGUUGGUUGCAGUUUCUCUGGUCUCAUCCCUGCUUCAAUAGGGUCCCUACAAGAGCUAAGAUUUCUAUCUCUGAAUGCUAACAGAUUUAGUGGGAAGAUCCCAUCUUCCAUUGGUAAUCUGUCUAAACUAUAUUGGCUGGAUCUAGCUGACAACAACCUCGAAGGACCCAUCCCAGUUUCUGAUGGUGUUGAACCUGGACUUGACAUGCUCAGUCAUUGCAAGCACUUUCAUCUCGGAAUCAAUCAGCUCUCAGGCCCAAUUCCAUCAAAGCUCUUUAACUCAAACAUGAGUCUGAUACAUGUGCUCUUCGAAAGUAAUAAACUCACUGGCAGCAUCCCUUCCAGCAUUGGACUUCUAAAGACUUUGGAGGUGGUGCGAUUUGACAGAAACAUGUUAAGUGGGCCUAUUCCUCCGAGCCUCAGCAAUCUUACAAGUGCUUCCCAGCUGUUCUUGUCCAACAACAAGCUGAGCGGCCCUCCUCCUGACCUUACUGGCAUGAUCCUUCUCCAGUAUCUGGAUUUAAGCAAUAAUAGUUUCGACUUGUCUGAUAUUCCACCGUGGUUUUCAACACUAGAGUUUUUGACCACAUUAAUCAUGGCGGACACACAACUUCAAGGAGAAAUACCUGCUGCUCUAUUCAGGCUUUCAAACAUACAGACUGUGGUCCUGAGGAACAACCAGCUGAAUGGCACUUUGGAUAUUGUCAAUACCUCCAGCAGUCAAUUGACUCUCGUUGAUUUGCAAAAUAAUUUAAUAAGCGAAUACAAAGGAAAUGGAGGAUACCGUGGUACUUUGAUACUUGUUCAAAAUCCAGUUUGUGACGAAACUGGAGCUUCACUGAGUUACUGCAAGAUUUCGCUAUCAUCUGAUAUCGUGCCAUAUGAAACAAUGCCAAAUAACUGUGUGCCCAGUCUCUGCAGCUCCAAUCAGGUUUCAAGCCCCAACUGUAAAUGUGCAUAUCCAUACAAGGGCACUCUAAUCUUUAGAGCUCCUACCUUCUCAGACUUGGAAAACUCGACUCACUACAAAGAGCUUGAGAAGGCACUCACGAAUUCUUUCUUAUCCCAUCAACUUAGUGUCGAUUCUGUAUCUUUGAGUAAUCUCACCAAGGAUUCACUUUCAUACCUUAAGUUGGCUCUAGCAGUAUUUCCACAAAGCCAAGAUCGUUUCAAUAGAAAGGAAGUUUCUAGUAUUUCUUUUCUACUCAGUAACCAAACAUUCAAGCCUCAAAAAUCUUUUGGACCCUUCUAUUUCAUUGGUGACGAUUACGAAUACUUUGAAGGUGAUUUACCAUCAGAAUCAAACAAAUCGUCUAAUGUGGGCAUUAUUAUUGGAGCAGCAGCUGGUGGUUCUGUUCUUGUGCUAAUAUUAAUUCUUGUAGGAAUUUAUGCAAUUCACCAGAAAAGAAGGGCAAAAAGAGCCACUGAUAAAAACAAUCCUUUUGGCAAAUGGGAUGUGAAUGAUAAGAGCAGGGGUAGCGUUCCUCAAUUAAAUGGUGCUAGAUCGUUCUCUUUUGAAGAACUCAUGCAAUACAGCAACAACUUUUCAGAAGAAAAUGAUAUUGGAUCUGGGGGCUAUGGAAAGGUUUACCGUGGAAUUCUUCCCACAGGGCAACUGAUUGCCAUCAAACGAGCUCACACAGAAUCUAUUCAAGGUGGAAAUCAGUUCAGAACUGAGAUUGAACUUCUUUCACGGGUUCAUCAUAAGAACCUUGUCAGCCUUCUAGGAUUUUGUUUUGACCGGGGUGAGCAGAUGCUGGUGUAUGAGUAUGUAGCAAAUGGGACUCUUAAGGAUAGUCUUUCAGGUAAGUCAGGAAUCAGAUUAGAUUGGCAGAGGAGACUUAAAAUAGCACUUGGUACAGCUAGAGGCUUAGCCUAUCUUCAUGAACUUUGCGACCCUCCAAUUAUACACAGAGAUAUAAAAUCAACUAAUGUUCUGUUGGACAACCACUUGAAUGCAAAAGUUGCUGAUUUCGGUCUCUCCAAGUCCAUGGGUAACAGUGGGAGGGAUCAUGUCUCCACUCAAGUUAAAGGGACAAUGGGAUACAUGGAUCCUGAAUAUUACAUGACGCAACGGUUGACUGAGAAGAGUGAUGUUUAUGGUUUUGGAGUGCUAAUGUUGGAGCUCCUUACUGCAAGAAGACCCAUAGAACAAGGAAAAUAUAUCGUGCGAGAAGUAAGGACGGCAAUGGACAAGACUAAAGAAUUAUACAACCUUCAUGACAUCCUGGAUUUAGCUAUUGGUUUGGGGACGACACUCAAAGGUUUAGAGAGGUUUGUUGAUCUUGCAAUGACUUGUGUUGAAGAAGAAGGAGCCAACAGGCCUACAAUGAGUGAGGUGGUAAAAGAGAUUGAAAACAUUAUGCAGCUUGCUGGUCUGAACCCUAAUGCAGAGUCAGCAUCCACUUCCGCAAGCUACGAGGAUCAGGCAAGCACUAAGCAUCCUUACAGUGAUGAGGCCUUUGAUUAUAGUGGAGGAUUUCCUGCUUCAAAGAUAGAGCCGCUGUAGGGAGCAUGAUUGUACAUUAGUAGCUAGCUUGCUUAAGUUUAUAACAGUUUAUUCCAUUCGAAUUAUAUUUAUUGCCGCAUGGCUUGGGGCACAAGGUGGAUGUUGACAGGGGGUAACGGAAGAGGGUACUUCAACUUGUUGGGUUACCCCUCCCUUCAAUCACUUGCUCAUUGACAGCUGAGCUUGAAAUUAAGAAACAUGUAUGCCAUGGAACCAACCAUUGACAAGGCCAUUGGAUUAGUCUAAACCCUAAACCAACAAUUCAUCUAGUCAACUAUGUGCCCUUUCUAUCAAGUUGUAGCUGAAUAUUGCUUCUCCGAUCGAUAACGACUGGGAGAGAAGAGACGAGACAUUUCUUCAUCU